CGAUUCAGUCUUUCGUUUGGAAUAGUUAAGGAUGAACACCUGACUCGAUAACUCGCACAACGAAUUGUGUUACAACAAAUAUUUGUGAACAAAAAAAAAAACACACAAGAAAAAAUGCUUGAAUAAAAUACAUAAAAAAAGGUAUAUGUGUUUGUGUGCUUAGUGAAAAAUGCGAAAUGCAAAUAACGCCUAAAAGCAUGCUAAACAAUUUUGAAAAGUUUGCUUGUGUGCAGUAAAGUGGAAAUUUUUGAAGAUUUGCUUGCAAUGCUUCGUGGUUUGUGUUGAAAAAAUGCUAAAAAGGCACAAAAAACUACGGCCAGGCAAUCAAUUUAUACAAUGGCAGCAAUGUCAAGAUCUGUUGGGGCAACAAUUAAAUUAACGCCAUCACAGCUAAACGAACAAUCGAAUUAAAUUUGAAAACAACAACAGAACCCAAAGAAAAAACAAACCACCAAACUGGGUGAAACUGGGAAAAAACCGAAACAAAAACGACUAAUCAAAUUCAAAUAUAAAACUAACUUCAGAAUGCUAGAAACCAGAUCAACGGUAAAUAUACCGUUGAAUGGCUUACGAAAGAACCACAAACCAACGAGUUCCACAACGGAGAACGGCGGCUACAACGCUUCCGAUGCUGAAAAGGGUACAGUCGGCAGCAAUGGCAAGAAUGGCAAUGCGGACAAUAACGUAGUCGAUAUACCCGAAGCUGUGUUGGAGAAACUGUUUCGCAACUAUGUUUUCAAACAGCGGCGUGCAGGCUCCAAAUGGUUUAUAUUUGCAACAUUUCUUUGCACAAUUUGGAUCUUGAUUAUACCGCACCAAUCGGAGAUGGUACCGAAUGUCAUUUGUGUUUAUGUGCUUAAAGCGUUUCUGGUGUUCUCCAUCGUCACUUUAAUAAUGAUGAGAGUAAUGCUGGAUCGGCGAUUCCUCGAUCGUAAGCGAUUCGAAUCGGUGCACAAGCGUUUAACGCUGCACGGUACGCUUAUGCUUUGGUUUCUAUUUUUCGCCAAUAUUCUUACCUAUUAUGAGCUGCAAACGAAACCAUCACCAAGAGAAGUUCUCGGUUGGAUCGCACUUUUCAACUUUCUCAUCUAUAUUACCUUGCCCAUGCAGCUUUUCUAUGGUGGUUGUCUGUUGGGCUUCGCGAGUUUGAUUAUGUUUCCCCUAACCGCAUUUACGUAUGGCAAUAUGAGACCGCUCUUCUGGGAGCAAAUGAUAGCCAGUUUUAUUAUGAUUUUUACUGCGGCUCUUAUUGGUGUGCUGUGUUAUUUCAUGAGUGAGGCGAAGCAGCGGCGUGCUUUUCUAGAGGCUAAGAAGAGUUUGGAAGUCAAAAUGGUUAUUGAGGAACAAUCCGCUGAACAGGAACGUUUACUACUGUCUGUACUACCGAAGCAUGUCGCUGUAAAAAUGCGACAAGAUCUCGGUUCAACAAGCUCAGAGCCAUUCAAGAAAAUUUAUAUGAGCAGGCACGAAAAUGUGAGCAUUCUUUAUGCAGACAUCGUUGGAUUUACAGCCAUAUCGUCUACUUACAGUGCACAGGACCUUGUUAAAAUGUUAAACGAACUAUUUGCGCGAUUCGAUAGUCUAUCGGAGAAAUACCAUCAGUUAAGAAUUAAAAUCCUUGGCGAUUGCUAUUAUUGCAUUAGUGGUGCACCUGACGAACGUCCUGACCAUGCUGUGCUCUGCGUACAUAUGGGUCUCUCAAUGGUGGAAGCUAUUAAAUAUGUGCAGCAGAAGGCCAAUUCGCCUGUUGAUAUGAGAGUGGGCAUACAUACCGGCGCUAUAUUGGCUGGUAUACUUGGUCAGCGGCAGUGGCAAUUCGAUAUAUAUUCCAAAGAUGUUGAGUUGGCUAAUAAAAUGGAAUCAAGCGGCAAAGCCGGACGUGUGCAUAUUUCGGAUAAAACUCUAGCUUUUCUUAACGGCGCUUUUGAGGUGGAACCAGCAUAUGGUGAACGCAUGGAUGAAGCUUUGCGUAUAGCAGGUCUGAAGACCUACUUUAUAACCAAUGUUUUGAAACCGUUCUCCUCGCCCGUUGCCAAAAGAAAUAGAGAAUGUAGUGAAAUUGUUGCUGGUAAAAAAACGGAGGCUGAGAAAAUAGCAAUCGUUGAGAAGCCAAUUGAUUGUGUCGCUGUUAAGAAUGUACAUAUAGUGAAAGUACUCAGUCCGAACACCAACUUCAAAGUACGCCUACAGGAGGAGCUAAUCGCACGAGAUGGUCAUGAAGAUCUGUCGAGUUGUACGAAUAUCUUCUUGAAAUUCAAAAACAAAGGUUUGGAAGCUGCAUAUGCCGCUCAUCGUGAACCCUUCUCUUCGCUACCAUUGCUCGCAACUUUGCUCGUACAGGCGUUAGACAUUGGCUAUUCCUAUGCAGUACUUCCAAGAUCGCAGUUGCAUCUGAUAAAUAUUUCUUCACCUUUAAUACCCAUGACUAUGCUGAUCUUUAUUUCAAUAGCUGAGAGUUUUCCAAAAUAUUUACCUGAAUCCUUGGUAAGCCUUAGCAAACGUUUCAACGACAUAACAUUCAUACGAGAGUUGACUGCGAUUAUAUUGGCCAUGACCAUGGGGCUCAGUAAUGUUGUGGAUAUGUACUUCUAUGUGACCUACUUGAAAACGGAUCAUGUUGUUUUGGAUAGUGAAAUCGAACCCAUCACCGAGAGUGAGGGUAUUAUUGCUCCAGCUGAGCCAUCUUUGGCAUCUUUGCUAGCGAAUGCUACUAUGGCGGAUGAAAUUCAUAUGUUUCCCUCAUAUAUGAGCAAUUAUGCCGUGUUGAUACUGAUUGCGAUUGCCGUCAUUGCCCAGCUGACACAUGUUACAAAAAUUGUCCUAAUGAUCGUUAUAACAGCACUCCAUUGCUAUUGCAAUAUAUUCGUUUUGGCCGAUUUAUAUUCAUUCGAGGACGAAUUGGCCGCCAAUCCCACAAUACCCACCGCUUACAGACUGUCAGCAGUACUAAUUCUUGUCACGUUGGCAUUGUCGUUUCUUGUGCGUCAUGUGGAUCGUGAGGAUCGCGUUAUAUUCAAGUGGAAAACCGAAGUUGCUGAGCAGCGUGAAAAGGCAACAGAUAUGCGACGAAGAAACGAGGCACUCGUCUACAACAUACUACCGGUACAUGUGGCCGAGCAUUUUAUGAAGAAUACCAAACGUUCACACGAUGAUCUGUACUCGCAGAGUUAUGCUGAGGUGGGUGUGCUGUUUGCGAGCAUGCCCAAUUUUUCAGACUUUUAUUCCGAGGAAACUGUUAAUAAUCAAGGACUUGAGUGUUUACGCUUUCUCAAUGAAGUUAUUUCGGAUUUCGAUGCGUUAUUGGAGCUACCGCAAUUUCAAGAUAUCAUUAAGAUCAAAACAAUCGGUUCCACUUAUAUGGCUGCGAGUGGCAUUAAUUCGAAUCGCGUAAGUAAACCAGAUGAUCCGAUCACAAAACGCUGGUCACAUUUGGAAGUGCUGGUCGAGUUCGCUUUGGAGUUGAAGAAAGCUUUGCAAGGUAUCAAUGAACAGUCGUUCAAUCAUUUUGUGCUCAAAAUGGGUAUCAAUCAUGGUCCCAUCACGGCUGGCGUAAUUGGUGCACGUAAGCCACACUAUGAUAUUUGGGGUAAUACGGUAAAUGUGGCAUCGCGCAUGGAGAGCACGGGUAAAGCAGGCGCUAUACAGGUGACAGAUGAGACUUGUGGCAUUCUCCAAGAAUUCGGUUACACUUUCCAGCAGCGUGGACUUGUUAGCGUUAAGGGCAAAGGACAACUAAUGACUUUCUAUCUACAAGGCAAAACUGAUAAACGCAAUAGCAACAAACAAACAAUGCAUCAAGCGACAGAAGAACCCAUUAAACAGUCAGUAGAAAAUCACUCACAACCCACAAGCGAACAAUGUAAUGGACACUCGGCAUUAGAACCCGAUAUAAAAACACCACUACUCGAUGUGCUGGCACAUGAAACGAAUUCAACGGCUGAUGGCGAAAGAGAUGCAUUAAUAAACUAGAUUUUAUGAAAAUAAUAAAAAUGACAACAACAAAUAUGCAUGCAAGAAAAAACAACUCCAACUACAUAUACUAAGCCACAAAAGAAGAAAAUAAACAUAACAGCUUACAUAAGUUAAUAGUAACAGAAAUAUGCAAAAUAAUGUGUAAUAGCUUCCACAAACUGGAAAAAAAUACAAAUUGCAUGUGAAAAAAUUAAUAUGGAAGUCCAAUAACACAUAAUGUACACCCAAAAAGGUGCUUACGUCCCCCAAACAAGAGCAACAGAAAAUGUACAGAAGCAAUAUUCAAACAGUCAUAUAUACAUAUAACUACAAGCAUAAAACAUACAUACGUAUACUGAAAAACUUUAACUAAAAAUAGAGCAUACAGUUAUUUAACAAUAUAUAAGUAUAUACUUAACUAUAUAAAGUAAAGCAAAUAACAUACAUAAGAAAUAGAAAAAAUGUAUAAGAAAUAUGAAAACAAACUUAAGAAAUAUAAAAACUUAGUAACUAAAGAUAUUUAUUAAAUGUGAUUAGCUAAGUAGUAAAAUACAAGUAGUUUUGUUUUUGUAAGAAUGUAUAUUUGCAUUUUUCUGGGUUUAUUUGUAUACCCAAUUUUGACUGCCAGACUUCCAGUAUGAUUAUUAGUAUUAUAAAAAUAUUUCAUUUUUAAAAAACUUGUUAUAAAAAAGUGAAUAUUAUUUAAUUUUUUAUCGAUAUAACAAAAUCUAUAUUUUCCACAAUUUUUUAACGUUUUUGUUUUUGCCAAAAUUUUGCUUUAAGUCUACUAAACUAAGAAAAUCGCACACUCAACGAAAUCUCAUGAUAUUUUAUAGCUAGCUUGCAUGCAAUUUUUUUCUAUUAUAACUAAGCAGCUCACCGAAUAUUUCGAAGCAAUACACUUUUAAACAAUUCUUAAUUUAUAAUACCGAAUGUUUCAAAGCAAUACACUUAAAAAUAGUUGAUUAUUGAAAUUUAAUUAAUAAUUUCGAAUUUUCAUGCAAAUUUAUGUGGUUUUAAAAAAUAUUAAUAUUUUGAAUUUUAAGGUUAUAAAGGGUGAACCAUUUCGAGGUGCCCUACUUUUUUAAAGAAAAAACGCAGAAAUUUCAAAUUUAAUGGGAAGCAAAAAUAAGAUGACAGCUUGACACAACUCAUGCGUGAUCUGUCAAAAAAGGCUAUAGAAAAAGUAUCUCUACUUGGAUCAGCUGUUAGACCAUUUUUUCUUAAAUAUGAGUAUUUUUUAGUUUUUAAACUGUACGUAUCUAUCAACUUAUUGUUGUCGUUGAGGAUUUUGUAAUUUUCUACGUAGAAAUUAAUUUUUUAGUAAAAGCGGGAGUGGUUGAGAGCAGGGUUGCAAAUAAUGCAUUAAAAAGAAAGAAAUUAAAAAAUAUUUCUAAAAAUACAAAUAAAUUUAUUAAACAAAUAUAUACAUAUAUUUUUGCUGGAAUCCAUAAUAUUUUUAUAAAAAAAAAAAUUUCGUAUUGAAAAAUUAAAAUUGAUUUUACAUAUACUUUCAAAUACAAACAAAUUAAUUUUUUAAUUAAUUUAGUUAGAUUCUAAAUUUAAGUUUUUAAAUCAAAAAAAAAAAAAUUGGGAUCAAAAAAUAGAAAAUAGAAUUUUUAAUUUACCUAAAAUUCCGAAUAUAAUUUUUUAGCCAAAAUUUUUUAAAUAAAAUUUACUUAAACUCAAAAUAAAAUUUUAAAUCAAAAAUCGUUUAAUUAAAAAACGAUGAUUGGGAGUAAUUUUCGCCGAAAUACAAAUAUUUAUGUUCGGUUAAGAUUAAAUAACAAAUUUGCAAAAUAACAAUAAUUUCAUUCAGCGGUCAUAAUAAGUUGAACAGAUACUGUACAAAAAAUUGUAUACAUUUUUGGUUACAUAACAUAUAUUUUAUACAAUUUUACUAGAAUCAAUUAUAUUCAAAAUUACAAAUUAGUUGCAAUAUAAAAAUAUUUCCGAAAAAUGCCUUCGGUUAAAUGGUAUAAUGUUGAGAAUUUAGACUGUACAUACUUAUUUGUAUGUUAUGUUAUAGCUUUUUGCGUAUAUUGAAAAAAAAUGCACAUAAAUAAAACAAGAAAUGGAGGAAGAAGUGUGGAUCAACAAGUAAUUUAUGCAAAAAAUUUACGAAACGAACGAUCAACUCCAGUAUAUAUGUACAAAUAUUCAUUUAUAUAUAUUUUGCUGUUGUUUUUAUAUGGAUUUCGGUAUAUUUUUAAACAAAAAUUAAAUGAAAUUAAAAAAAGUAAAUAAAUUAAAUUAAAAAUAAAUAAAUGAAUUAAACAAAAACUAAAUGACAUUAAAAUUAAAAAAAAAAAUUUUAAUUAAAAAAAUAAUAAUUGAAAUUGAAAAAAAAAAAUUAAAUGAAAUUAAAAUAAAAUAAUUGAAAUUAAAAAAAUAAAUGUAAUUUAAAAGUAUAUAUAUAUAUUUAUAUAAAUUAAGUGAACACUUAAUUAUAUUAGAACGAAAUAAAACUGAGUACCUUGAAAUCUCUCUAAAACUAUGUAUGUAUGUAUAUUCGUAAUUUAAUUGUAUGUAUGAACUAUGUAGCAAUUAAUUAUAGAGAAAUUUGUGAGAAGCAUAACAAACAUAAUACAAAAUAUAAUAUAACGGUAGCAGAGAAAUUCAAAUGUAAAUAUUUGUUUACAUAUAAACAUAAAACUCAUUUGUGUAUGUGUAUGUUUGUAAAUGAUGUUUCGAAAUAUUGAUGUAAGUAAGUUACUGAAUAACAUAGAGGAACGUAAUAGGAUUUACAGUAUUUACAGUAUGCCAAUUUCCCGCCUUUACUUACACUUUUUUCCCUAAUCAGCAUUGAAGACUUCAUAACUUGACAGGAGGAAAGUUUUAUAUGGAGGCAGUGUUGCAAAUAAUGCUUAAAAAUUAAAAAAAAGCAAUUAAGCAGUUGUUGUAAUAUGACCGAAUCUAAAUCUAAUUCAGAGCAGAAAUCUAAGGAUUCUUUUCGGGUUGGAAAAGGAGUAUAGCUCAUUCAGUUACUUUAUAAUCCAACAUUUUUGUGCCAGUGAUGAAAAGGUGGGCUUCAAUGUUCUUGCUCCUUCAUACUUUUUGCCGCAAUAACUAAUAAUAUACCAGUUAUAAAUAAGUUGAAAGACAUGUGAUGUAAGAAUCUUUGAGUUGACAUGUGGCACCGUAAAUAUUACAAAGAUAAUUUUUAUUAAUUUUUUACUCGGCUAUAACCGCGUAUGCAGUAUCUACGCCAGUAAAGAAGAUUUUUUUUUUAUUAAAUUUCAUGAUGAGCUCGAUAAAAUCCCACCAUCACCUAUAAGUGACCGCCCAUAAUUGUAAAACUCAUCCAAAGCAACAUCCACAAACACAAUUGUAUUUGGUUCUUAUAUCGUAAGUGUUAGUAAUCUAACGAUAAGUCUCAAGCUAUAAAUAAAUAUUUUGCUUCAAGUAGUCAUAUUUGUAUUAUUUGGCUAUAAUAUAAAGUGUAGCAUGAAUAAUAAAAAGUAAUUAAUAAUUAACCAAAAAUUAGUAAAAAAAAUAUAAAAAUUAGUAAAAAUAUAAUAAAAGUUUUAAGCAUGCAUAAAAAAAUAUCUAAAGUAAAUUAAAAAAAAAUCCCGCUUCAAAGAGAGUUUAAAGAAAAAAGUCAAGCAAAAAAUAUAAAUUAACUGCAAAUUUCUUUUUACAAAAAGAACAACUAAAAGCAAAAUACUACUAAAAUAACAGCAACUCUCCGAAACUGCUAUCGAUGGUUACUUCUUCAACGAAUUUUAAAAUCACAUUUCAAGCUUAAAUAGCAACUAAAACAAGCAUACAUACAUAUACAUACAUAUAAAUAAAAAUUGUAAAUUAGACAUUGAAAGUACUAAAAUAAAAGAAUAGGAAAGCUCUAAAUAAUUUGCAAAUUAAGUUAGCACAAGCUAUUGUUUGCUCUUAGCUAUGCAGGCGUGAACUUUAUGAAAAACAAAUUUCACUUUGUGGUCAUUUGUUAUGACUUGUAGAACUUUGUAUUUCAUUAUGCACAACUUGUCUGCAAUUAUUUCUUUGCGUUCCAUAUACAUACAUAUAUGGUCCGUUAGGGUGUCUGUUAUUCUGCAAACUGGAUUUAUUUGGUAAGCGCUCUCCAAAAUUAUAUGUAAAUUUUCCCAUAACAUAAACAAGCUCUUUAUUUUUAUUUUUAAUUCAAACCUGCCUGUGUGUUUUCCAAUCAAGUUUUUAACUCCAAAACAAAUACAUCCUUAACUUUGUAAAACACUUUAAUCUAUCACAAAUUUUGCGCUCUACAAAAACGGUCUGAAUAAUUUUAUCAUAAAAACAUGCCUUUAAGUUAUACGCAAAUUAAUGUAUUCAUAUGGUACACCAUAUCGUAUGAGCAACAUACGGCAAAA